AUGUCAGCCAACAAUCUUAAUCAGAGUACACCUCUAGUCAGUGGUAAUAAAGUUGUGAUUGGUCAAAAUGUUUGCGAUAUGCAAAGUAAAUUAGAAUCAUAUUUGAAGGAGAUCUUGUCGAAUGCAAUUUCUGAAAGGAAUGUUGCUAAUAUUGCUUUGUCUGGUGGUUCAAUGCCAGCAUUGGUAGCACCCUUGUUGUCAAGAUUGAAAGAUAUUAACUGGACAAAAGUGCGCAUUUUUAUGGCCGAUGAACGAAUGGUUCCAUUGGAUGACAGUGAAUCAAAUACUGGAGCAUAUAUUAACACUUUGUCUGAAAAUUUAAGCCAAAUAUUUGCAAAAUAUGGACCUUUUAAUAAUACAACAGAAUGUGCGAUCAAUUAUGAACGAGAAAUACGUAAUUGUAAUAUGGAUAUGGAAGAUGGUUGGCCUGUAUUUGAUUUAGUGCUGCUAGGAAUUGGUCCAGAUGGUCAUACGUGCUCUUUGUUUCCGGAACAUGCAGUGUUAAAGGAGGAUGUAAGAUGGGUCUCAGCAGUAGAGGAUUCUCCAAAACCACCGCCGAGACGAAUAACCUUUACACUUCCUGUUAUUAAUCAUUCCCGUCACGUAGCAUUUAUUUCUACUGGUAGAAAUAAAAGUCGACUAAUACAAACUAUCAUCAAUAAUCAGAAUUCAAGCUUACCAGCGGCAGUGGUUAAACCUAAAUCCGGAAACUUGUCAUGGUUCGUAGAUAAGGAAACAAUGGAGCCUUUUUGA